AUAAAGCAAAGAAUCAUAGAACAUUGUUCUCUCGGUUGUUCGGUUCUCCGUUAAUAUCAUAACAACUUGUUUUGCGAUCGUUUUCUUGUAGAAAAAUCUAUCGGAAUAUUGUGUAUAUCUUCCUUGGUCGCUAAGUAUUGAUUGUCCAAACGGUAUCAAAAAUGCGACUCGGUUAUUAUGUUAAUAGAAAAUGUUUAGGUUUAAGAUAAGCAGUUUUUCGCUCACAACACACGUAAACCAAUCAACCGAACGGAUCAAAUAUAGGUUUAUAAAUAGAACUGCCUGUCUGCUAGGAAUUAAAGAUUCGAGGAUGCAAAUCGGGAAGAUGUAAAGCUCGUUUUGGCUCGAUAGACGAACGAGGGUCUGUGGAGACGAGAAUUUGCACCCCGGUGGGAAGUAGUUAUAAGGGUGACAGAGAGCUCACUUAGUUGAUGCGUGUUAAGGAAAAUUACUUAAUAAUUUAAACCCGUGAGAAAUUACAAUCAACGAACGUCGCUCACGAUCGACACUGUGCCGGUCGAACGCGUGACGAAUUCAAUUCCACGGCUCAGGAUGGAGUUAAGAAACGAACACAUUUCACUGCUGCUUCCCGUUAAUUGCGGUGAGUCCACGGCCUCCACAAAUACGCGAAAAAGUCUGAGACGGCACUGGAAUCAACUUUCCCGCUUCCAGAAGAACCUUAUCUGCAUCGCGUUAGCAGCGGUUUGUGUUUUCCUGUUCUUUCUGAUACCUUAUGAUGAUGCGGCAAGUCGAGAGUCCAAAGUAGAACAACCUCUGGAGCACAUUCAAAUUGCGCCGUUCAGGAAUAAGCAUGAAAAUCUGAGUCCGAUACAUCCCGCCGAGUCGCCUGCUGAAAAAGCCGGGGCAGAACGGAAGUUUCGCUCUGCAAACAGCGGCUAUGUGGAGGAAGUCAAUCUAGCGUCGAAGGGAGCGGCUCGAGCAGAGGAGGGCAAGAACAUUAUCGAUGAACCACCGGCCAUGGAGAAAAAGGAGGAUCAAAAAAUUGAGGAACCGGUGGGCGAUCAGAUUGAACAUGAUACAGCGACGCUGGUGGUCAUCCAGAGCGAGCUCAAAGAGAUCGUUGACAACGAGGAGAAUGUGCUGGAGGAAAAUCGACGAAGUGAUAAUGCAAAGGAUUUCAAGGGCCCAACAAACGACCGCCAGCGGGCGGUUAUCGAAGCAUUCCAGCACUCCUGGCGCGGUUACAAAGAGUACGCCUGGGGCCACGACAAUCUGAAGCCAAUUUCUAUGAGUUGGGCCGAUUGGUUCGGGUUGGGGUUGACCAUCGUGGACUCGCUGGACACGUUGUAUAUCAUGGAUCUGCAGGAGGAGUUCGACGAGGCUCGAAAUUGGGUCGAACAGUAUCUGCGUUUCGAUGUUAAUCGAGAUGUGAACUUGUUCGAGGUAACCAUCCGGGUGCUGGGAGGACUGCUGAGUACGUAUCACUUGAGUGGGGACAAGAUGUUCCUCGACAAGGCUCUCGAUUUGGGCCAAAGGCUGAUGCCGUGCUUCGAGUCGCCCUCUGGAAUUCCGUAUUCGGACGUCAAUAUCGAGACAAUGAAGGCUCAUCCGCCCAAGUGGUCACCCGAUAGUUCAACCAGCGAGGUAACCACUAUACAGUUGGAGUUCAGAGAUUUAUCUCGUAGUACAAAUAACCCGGUGUUCGAAAACGCUGCCGCCAAAGUUAAUGUAAAAAUUCACGAGCUAGAGAAAAACGAAGGAUUGGUACCAAUAUUUAUCAAUGCAAACACCGGCCAAUUCCGAAAUUUUGCAACGAUCUCGCUCGGUGCCCGAGCCGAUUCCUACUACGAGUACCUGUUGAAGCAAUGGCUUCAAACUGGAAAGCAAAAGGUUGAUUUUCUGAUUGACGACUACCAAUUGUCAAUUCGCGGUGUUCUACAUCAACUGGUUCGUACUACUCCCAACGAAAAGCAUCUCUACAUAGGUGAACUUAUUAACGGGAAGGACUUCAAGCCCAAAAUGGAUCAUCUCACGUGCUACCUGCCCGGAACUUUGCUACUGGGUUACAAAAAUGGAAUGCCCAAAAGCCACCUCAAGCUCGCUAACGAUCUGCUGGAAACCUGCUAUCAAACCUACAUGAAACAGCCGACACAGCUGGCACCGGAAAUUUCCUACUUCAAUCUGAACGGAGAAUCCGAGACGGAUAUCUACGUGAAGACAAACGAUGCCCACAAUCUGCUGCGGCCGGAGUUCAUCGAAAGCUUGUACUAUUUCUACGCCAUCACCGGCAACAAAACCUACCAGGAUAUGGGUUGGACGAUUUUCGAGGCCUUCAACAAAUACACCAAGGUUAAAAAUGGGUACACAUCGAUCGGAAAUGUGAAGAACCCGCUCAACACACGGCCCCGCGAUAUGAUGGAGAGUUUCUGGCUGGGGGAGACACUGAAGUAUUUCUACCUGCUGUUCAGUGACGAUCGCACUGAAAUCGAUUUGGACAAGUACGUGUUCAAUUCGGAGGCACAUCCACUGCCCAUUAGGGAGGCUUAAAAAUUGAGGGGACCCUAGAAUUACCGUGAGAAACCAACUGUAGAACCGUAGCAGAUUUUAGACUAACUUCAUAAUUCCACAUGAAAAUCCUUAUUUUGAAUCACAACCGCAAUUCCCAUUCUACACAACGCUGUUGCGUGAUUACAAGUUAGAUUAUUGAUAUUGAAAUAGCACAACAAAACCUUCACCAGUUGGAUGAUGGUCAAACCAACAAAAUAUAGAUAGUUAGAUAAUUGUUUGUUAAAUUUUUAUAGUUGUAGUUCUCUUUGCAGAGUUAGCGCUAUCAGAGUCCAAUCAGUAAUUGUGUAAAAUCUUCGUGUUAGCUAAUAGAGAGGGAUUUUAUUUUUUUAUUUAUUUAUUUUUGUUUCCUAUACAGUAGCUUUUAGUAACGAGGAAUGGCGUGUUUUUUUGUGACCGAAGAAAAAAAAAUUCUUAGCAACCAUUUCGUGUAUGUGACAGACUAUACCAUUGUGAGGUAAGUUUGAUAAGGUCUAGUCUCCGGUGUUAAGAUGAUAUUGAUUUGGGCGGAAGGAUGCGUUAUAAAUAGACAGCUGUCGUUCAAUAAACGAAAAAAAAAGAUUUGUAAGAAAUGUAAGGUACUUGGUAAUAUAAGAGACGAAUGAACUCUCAGAGUUUAAAGUCUCUCUAAUUCAAUACCUUCCUUCCCUUGGUAAUACGAUGAAUAAAAUUCAGCCAUUAUUUCUCUUUUUA